CCCCACACGGACUUCAGCAGGGUGAAGACUGGGAAAAGUCAGGGGCCCGUGGCGGGACGAGAUGGACCAGCUUGACCCUCAAGUUCCUGGCAGGCAGAAGAGGGGAGUGGUGUUGUGUCACCGUGUGUGGCAGAUUUAGGCCGUGGACCUGGUGGUAGGGCGUCUAUGGAGUCCAGAGACUCUCAGGUCCAGUGACUGAGGGUCGUGCGAAUUUGCGACCAUUUGUAUGACAAUGGUCGCGUUGUAUGUUCUUGUGACCGUUUGAUUCUGACCCUGCAGUUUUUUCAGAUACUGUGUGCUUUUGUCAAUUCUUUGUGUGUUUCUGCUUUUCGGACUCGAGCCUGCUACAAUAUUGAAACUUACAAGGUUCCGUUUAUAAACCACAGUCACCAAGAUAUUAAAUGGGAGGAAUUUUAAACGUUUGUGAAUCCAUGUAACUGAAACACCCAUGCUUUUUAAUUCUCUGUUACUCCACUACUGCCCUAAAGAUUUUUCCUUUUUUUUUUCAGCAUUUCAUAUGGGUCAGGCUCUGACUUGAGAAGAAAUAAAAAACCAUUGACAAUGAAAGUUGAAGACUCUGCAGUAAUUUUGCAGAAGAGACUAAAAUGGAGAAAAUGCCUCUGAAAACACUAGCCCAGUGCUUUUCUGCUAUGAUAGGCUGGCAAUGAGAACGAAAUGCUGCAGACUACAGCAUGCUAAAUAUCAGGAACUUGUAGUUGUUGGAGAUUAUCAGAGAGGCUACUGACUCAUAAGCUUACCAUGAAGCUAUAUAAAGCCCGUAGGACUAUAGUACCUCUAGGAUGUCUUCCUUUCACUAGAUGAUAUUGGGCGCUGUUUCAGAGAGUGUGAAUUGGUCUGGGAAGGGACAAGAAACUCCCAAACACUACGUAAAACGAACGUGCCCUCCAAAUGAGUUUUGUUUGUAUUUUGUCUUUACCAAUAGUAAAUUUUUUCCUGUCUUCUGUAAGAAUUAUUUUUGCUUAUCAUUUUGUUAAGAGAUGAUAAAAGAACAGAAUUGGGUGUUCUAUGUCCAUCCAGCUUCCUGAUUUUUUAUACUUGGAGAUUUGUCUAGAUCUCCUUUUAUUUCUGUUAACUUUGCCUUAUAUAUUUUGAAGCUCUCUUAUUGGAUGGAAUACAUCUUGAGUUGUUUGAAUUGUAAUAAUUUCCUGUUGGAUCAGUCCUGUUGGAGUUUACUCUUUAUUUAUAAUGGCUUUUUUUUUUAAUUCUUGGUCUAUUUUGAUAUUACUAUAGUUUAACCAUCCUUCUUUUGGUUAGUGCAUGGUUUAUCUCUAUCCUUUUGUUUUUAACCUGUUUUAUUUUUAAAGCAUGUCUGUUAUUAAACAGCAUUAUUUUAAGAUCAAUAAUGACAAUCUUAAUCUUUAAUUUGACAUAUUUAGUGAAUUACAUUUAAUGUAAUUGGAUUUUGGUCUACCACCUUAGAAUAUGUUUUCUUUUUUGGCCUAGCUUUUAAUAUUAAUUUUUUAUUUUGAGAUAAUUCUAGAUUUGCAUAAUUCAGAGAUCCUGUGUGCCCUUUAUCCAGUUUCCUCCAAUGUCAUCCAAGGACACUGCCAUUUCCCAAGAGAAGAGCCAAGAAGAGGAAAGAAUGGCUGUUGGACUUCUUAAAGCCAUGUACCAGGAGUUGGUGACCUUCAGAGAUGUGGCUGUAGACUUCUCCAGAGAAGAGUGGGAUUGUCUAAAUUCUUCUCAAAGGCAUCUGUACAGUAAUGUGAUGUUGGAGAAUUAUAGGAUCUUGGUGUCCCUAGGACUUUGCUUUUCUAAGCCAAGUGUGAUAUUAUUAUUGGAACAAGGGAAAGAGCCCUGGAUGGUGACGAGAGAGCUGGCCAAAGGCUUGUGCUCAGGCUGGGAAUCUAGGUGUGAGACUGAAGAAUUAACCUCAAAGCAAGAUAUUUAUGAAGCACAGUCAUCCCAGAAGAUUCUAGAAAAACUUACAAGCUGUGGCCUUGAGUAUUCCAGUUUAAGAGAAGAAUGGAAAUGUGAGGACCAUUUUGAGACACAGCCAGUAAAUCAGAAGGCAUGUUUCAAGGAAGAGACAAUCAUUCAUGAAGAACCCCUUGUUAAUAAAAGAGCACAAGAAUAUAACAAAUCUUGGGGAAAUUUCCAUCUGAACACACUGCUUCAUACACAACAGAUAACCACCAAAGAGGAGAAAGUACAUAAACAUGAUACACAUAAGAAAAGCUUUAAAAAAAAUUUAAUGGCCAUUAAGCCCAAGAGUAUCUAUACAGAGAAAAAACUGUUGAAAUGUAAUGACUGUGAAAAAGUCUUUAGCCAGAGCUCAUCUCUUACUCUUCAUCAAAGAAUUCAUACUGGAGAGAAACCAUAUAAAUGUGUAGAAUGUGGAAAAGCCUUCAGCCAGAGAUCAAAUCUUGUUCAACACCAGAGGAUUCAUACUGGAGAGAAACCCUAUGAAUGUAAGGAAUGUAGGAAAGCCUUCAGUCAGAAUGCACACCUAGUUCAGCAUCUGAGAGUUCAUACUGGAGAAAAACCUUAUGAAUGCAAAGUGUGUAGGAAAGCCUUUAGCCAGUUUGCUUACCUUGCUCAACAUCAGAGAGUUCAUACUGGAGAGAAGCCUUAUGAAUGUAUUGAAUGUGGAAAAGCAUUUAGCAAUAGAUCAUCCAUUGCUCAACACCAGAGAGUUCAUACUGGUGAGAAACCUUAUGAAUGUAGUGUCUGUGGGAAAGCAUUUAGCCUUCGUGCAUACCUUACUGUACACCAGAGAAUACAUACUGGAGAGAGACCCUAUGAAUGUAAGGAAUGUGGGAAGGCUUUCAGCCAGAAUUCACAUCUUGCUCAACAUCAGAGAAUUCAUACUGGAGAAAAACCUUAUAAAUGUCAAGAAUGUAGGAAAGCAUUCAGCCAGAUUGCCUACCUUGCCCAACAUCAAAGAGUUCAUACUGGAGAGAAACCCUAUGAAUGUAUUAAGUGUGGGAAGGCUUUUAGCAAUGACUCAUCCCUUACUCAGCAUCAGAGAGUUCAUACUGGAGAGAAGCCUUAUGAAUGUAACGUUUGUGGAAAGGCUUUCAGUUACUGUGGAUCCCUUGCCCAACAUCAGAGAAUUCAUACUGGAGAGAGACCCUAUGAAUGUAAGGAAUGCAAGAAAACUUUCAGGCAGCAUGCACACCUUGCUCAUCAUCAGAGAAUCCAUCUUGGGGAGUCACUCUCACCACCCAAUCCAGUCAAUCACCAAGUUCUCUAGACACUAUCUCAUAAAUAUAUCCAGAAUUUAUAUUCUUUUUUUUCUAUCUCUAAAGUCACCGUAGAUUCAUCUCACCUCAAUCACCAUACUGUAGCUUUCCAAGAGGUCUUCCUAGAUCAACUUUUGAUCCCCUUAAAUUCAUUCCCACCAUGCCCCAAACUGAUUUUUUUGAGUAUAAGAAUACAUCACUGCCUCCAGUUAAAACUUUUUUUCUUUUUUGGCUUAUUAUUUUCUUAAGCUAAUAUCCUCAGUCUUUAAAUUGUCUAUGAGGUGCUUCAUUAUCUGGUUCUUACAUACCUUUCAGUCUUAUUUUAUUUAUUCCAGUCUCCUUCACUGAGCACUAGGCACUUCCCAGGACUAAGAGCUUAGAUUCUGGAAAAUCAGCUCUACAACUGCUGUGGCAUUGUAUGACUUUGAGUAAUUUGUUUGACUUAUCUAAACCUCAGGGUUUUCUUUAAUUCUUAAAAUAGGGAUAAUAAAGGAUACUGUAUUGUAGAACUGUGAUUAUUAAAUGAUAUAGUGUCUGUUGUAGACUGAUGCAUAUAAAGGAAUAAAUUUGCAUGUAAAGUGCUUCACGUAGCACAUCAAUUAUAGCAGAUAUUCAAUAAAUCAUAAUAGCUAACGUGUAUUGAGUGUCUACUCUGCACCAGGCACUGUUCUACAUACUCAGCAUAUGUUAAGUUACUUACUCCACAGCUAGAACAAAAUUCUUCAGUGGACAAAGUAGAACAUCCCUGGGAAGCAGCAGGUCAGAAUUAAGAAAACCUAAACAUUUUAGAAACAUAAGUGGGAGUCUUUGCACUCUAGAUAUGUAAUCAGGAUAGACAAGUAGUAGAACUGCUAACACCUACAACCAGUUUUAGGAAGUUUCUAAAGAGAAUUGGAUAAACAAUAUAAGGAGAAUGAUGAUUGAGAAGAAUACAGAACUCACAUUUAGAUCAAGAAAAGAAUAGAGGAUCACAACUCCAAAAAACCAAUAAACAUAGAAAUUCAUACUGUCCCAUAAAAAUACACCAGGCCCACGCAAUUGUAUGGGUGAAUCUAAGUAAUUUAAGAAGCAUUUAAAUUGUUCUACACCACAGAAAAAGUAUAAAGUUUGUGAAUGUUUUAGCCAGUGGUUGUAAAAUUUAAACCAAAUAGGAAUUGAGGGUAAAAAGCUACAGACAAAUAUAUAUAGGGUUUCCUAU